ACCACGUUCUUACCCCAUUCUCUUCCCCACGGUCGUUCUGCUGCCUCCUCCGCCUGACCUCUUCUCUCAACCCUCAAGACCGCAAUAGCUCCUUUUUCUCCGUCUCACUCAGUCUGGGGUUUCCCCAAACCCAUCCGCAGGCCCGCAUCCUGUGACUUCACUUGUUUCCACUGUGGAUUAGCAUUCAACCGGCAGCGUUGCGGCUUAGUUCGCCCGCGCUCUCCCCCGUUUGAUCGACUUCCGUGACCAGAUUAUCAAAUACUACUACAAUACCCUCUCUCUCUCUCUUUCUUUGCAUUUCCUCGGAUACUUGCCGCCAUGGACGCUUACUCAGUCUCUUACACCAGCCCUACCAACCGGAGUACAUCCCGCAUUUACCAGGAUUUAGAGACCUGCCGAGCCCAGAGCCUCUUUGGGUCCGGACAAGACAAGCUGUUGAUCAGAUCGCUGACCAUGGACUCACUUCUGCGGCGCAAACAAUCAGAGUCGGGUCCAAAACCUCACAUUGCUGUCAUCGGUGCUGGCCUCGCCGGUCUGCGCUGCGCUGAUAUCCUAAUUCAACAUGGCCUGCUGGUGACCAUUAUCGAAGGCCGAGAACGACUUGGAGGACGUAUGUUCCAGGAAACACUACCCAAUGGCCACACUGUAGACCUCGGUCCCAAUUGGAUCCAUGGCACGGACGACAAUCCCAUCAAUGACUUGGCCAAAGAGACUGGAACUGCCGUGGGCAGCUGGGAUCACCGUUCGUAUGUGUUUGAUGAUUCAGGGAACUUGUUUAAGCUGGAUGAGAGCGAAGUCUACUCGAGUUUGAUGUGGGACAUUGUCCAGGACGCCUUUCAACACUCGAACAAGAACACGGCCAGCAUACACCCCGAUGAGAGUCUCUGGGACUUCUUCCAAGAAAGAGUAGUCAAGAAAAUUCCCGACAAUGAGGAGAAUUUCGCCGAAAAGCGGAAAACCGUUCUCCAGAUUGCAGAGCUCUGGGGCGCUUUCUCUGGCAGCCCAAUCACGACCCAAAGUCUCAAGUUCUUUUGGCUUGAGGAAUGCAUAGAUGGAGAAAAUCUGUUCUGCGCCGGUACAUACGAAAAGAUUUUCGAGCGAGUUGCAGAGCCCGUGAGGCACAAUGCCGAUGUCAAGUACGAUACUAUCGUUACCAAGGUGGAGCUCAAAACAUUGGAGCGUCCGAAGCCCAGGGUUCACACCAACACUGGUGAGGUUUUGGAGUUUGACGACGUCGUCAUGACGGCACCCCUGGGCUGGCUGAAGAAGAAUCUUGAAGCAUUCGAACCGCCAUUGCCGGAGAGACUCGAGCGUGGAAUCCAGGCCAUUGGAUAUGGAUGCCUGGAAAAGGUAUACAUCAGCUUUCCCAAAGCGUUUUGGCUUGAGCCCGACGCAGAGGGUCGCGUGGUGCAGGGCUUCUGUCAAUGGCUUGCGCCAACAUACACUCAAGAGACCAACCCGAAGAGAUGGAACCAGGAGAUUGUUGAUCUUGCCUCGAUGGGCGAGCAUUCGCACCCAACGCUCUUGUUCUACAUUUUCGGAGAGGAGUCCAAGUUCAUUACGGAAGGAGUGUCGAGGUUGAAAACGAUACCAGAGAGAAACUAUUUCUUGUACGACUUCUUUAGGCCUUACUACUCCCGGCUACCACACUAUGACGAGAACUCGCCCGAUUGCAAGCCGACGGGAAGUCUGUCGACGGACUGGCUGCGAGACGAUCUGGCUGGCAAUGGCAGCUACAGCAAUUUCCCAACGGGACUGUCGGAGGGCGACAAGGACAUUGAAGCGAUGCGGGAGGGCGUACCGGAAGGCGGUCUGUGGCUGGCGGGCGAACACACGGCGCCGUUCGUGGCGCUAGGGACGGCGACGGGAGCCUACUGGAGCGGUGAGAGCGUCGGCCGAAGGGUUGCCGAGGCCCACGGACGGGCGAGCAGCAAGACGCCAGAACAGGACCAGUAGCUAGAGCGCCGAUUGUCGCCAUUGCGGUCAACCCAGCCAACGGAGCCGUCUCUCGGUCAGCCAUGAUUGUGGUGGCAUGGCUCGGGAUUGGGCGAAUCGUAAGGCGAAUCCUGCAUGGUGGGUGAUGGGUGGGGGGAGUAGUUGGUGUCUUGCAUUCUGGCCAGGGUCAGUCACUCUGCCGAGGGCCUUUGUGCUGCGUUCUCUUUGUUGUAGAUGAGAUGACCACGACGAUGACGGCCGUCAUUUGAUUCUUCAACGACUAUUUACAAUGAGUAUAAUAUUUUUUUUUUCUUAGGGCGAAGAGCCUCAACACUGCUAUCC